CCGCUCGUCACGCCGGAUCGCGGGGAGGGGGGGCCCUGCGCCAGGCUUCCCCCGGUGCAGCCACAUCAGCCCAGGGCGGCCGAUCGGAUGCGGGAAGUCGAUUGCUGAGGUCUGGGAGAGACACACCUUCCUCCGGCCCCAGCGCCGCAGAUCCGGGUGCAGCGGACCAGGGGGAACCAGCCCCCGGCGGCGCGAGUGCGGGAUCCGCGCGCACCUUGGAAGAAAACAGCUUGGGUGGAUAAUAUUCAACCAGCCCCACUCAGUCCCCACCUUGGCCAGCUUUGAAAAAUACCAGCAACUCACCUCUGGUCUCACCCAGUGGCAGAAGCAGGAUUCGAACCCAGAUCUCCUGCAGCCCAGUACCUUCACCCCACGCCCGCCGUUCUUCUCUCAGAGCCCGCCCCGCCUCUGCCUCCGGGAGUGGAUUUCUUCCCUUCUCCCUCUAGAUGGCCUCCGCCAAUGACACCCGGCAGGCCCAGAAAGAUGCUGCCGACCAGAACUUCGACUACAUGUUCAAACUGCUGAUCAUCGGGAACAGCAGCGUGGGGAAGACGUCCUUCCUGUUCCGCUACGCCGACGACUCCUUCACUUCGGCCUUCGUCAGCACCGUGGGCAUCGACUUCAAGGUCAAGACAGUCUAUAGGAAUGAGAAGAGGGUCAAACUGCAGAUCUGGGACACCGCAGGGCAGGAGAGAUACAGGACGAUCACGACGGCUUAUUACCGAGGAGCCAUGGGCUUUCUGCUGAUGUACGACAUCGCCAACCAGGAUUCCUUCAACGCCGUGCAGGACUGGGCGACCCAGAUCAAGACCUACUCGUGGGAUAACGCCCAGGUGAUCCUGGUGGGGAACAAGUGUGACCUCGAGGACGACCGAGUGGUGGCCACGGAGGACGGCAAGCGGCUGGCUGAUGAGCUAGGGUUUGAAUUCUUCGAAGCCAGCGCCAAGGACAACAUCAACGUCAAGCAGGUCUUUGAGCGCCUGGUGGACAUUAUCUGCGAGAAGAUGAACGAGAGCCUGGACACCAACUCCACCCUCGUCAGCAACAGCAAGAACGGGGCCCUGACCGAGACUCCGCCCCCGCAGUCCAGCAGCUGCUCUUGCUAGAUAAGACUCCGCCCACCUAUGGCUCCUCUCUCCCCCCGCCUCCCCCCCCCCCCCCCCCCCCAGCGGUCACAUUGAUGUCAUAGAUAAAUAGGAUGGGAGAUUAUGGGGAGAGGCAGAUCUCUUGGGCUGCUGACCCAGUAUUUUUGUAUUUGCCUAUGACAACAAUGCAACGGAUCUGCCCUCCCUUUCCUUAUCCCCGAUCCAGGGUUCUUCCAUCCCGGCAACCACGGCCAGCUGAGGGAUAAGGAACGUGAGCCCAUCCACCGGACCUCAGAGGUGGUGGGGCAGGCCCAGGCCCCCCACAGCUGACGCAAAUUGGCCUGACUUCCGUUGACUUUGAUGGCGCUGACGUGGGUGCUACGGAUCCAACGGGGGUCUGAUGCCUCAGCGUAUGCGCCGUCUCUUGGGAGCGCGUCUGUUAUUAGCCAAGCCCUAGGUGCAGCUUUGCGAAAGGCUGGGGCAUCGAACCCCCGCGUAGAUCUGUGACAACCGCUCUGCGUUUGUAAGAGGACAGAGAGGGGUGCCCGGUGGGAGAUGUGAGGAGGUUUCCUGCGCUGGGCUUGCUGCAGGUUGGUGUGAGGGACGUUAAUCCGCAUGCUGGAAAACAGGUGUUGGGGGAGGGGGGAGAUCCAUUUUCAUCUCAAUUUUCCUCUGAACAUUUCAGGUUUUUUCCCAGUGAAAAUUCGUGUCCUGAACAUCUUUGACCAAAAGCCGGAGCGACUUAUUCUGAAAUGCCUCCUGGGUGUGGUAGUCCGGGUGCCUUGUGCUCCUGUUCUCUUCUGUAGAGUGGGCUUCUUGGUCAGACUACGUCUCCCACGAUGCACCACUCUCCCUGCUGGGAGAGGAGGGGUUGCAUCAUGGGAGGGGUCCCUGGCCAUGGUGCAUCAUGGGAGACGUAGUCCAACUAAGGAACCCGGUUCAUAGGGGAGAACGGAAGCUUGGGGCCACUGCACUACAACUCCCAUGAGGCACCACAGCAGCAUUUAUUUUCCAAAGCAACUCAACCCCAAGUGACUGCUUCCCAUAGAGUCACGCACCCUGUAAAUGGCCAGGGGCCCCUAGUGCGCUCCCCCACCCUGGUGCAUUUGUUUGCACUCGUGUCGAAUGCUCCCAUCGCGGGGUUGCAGUGAAAAUAACAACACAAGGCACCUGA